GAUGACCCCUUUCACUGCACCACGUUGCUACGGUCGUGUAUAUAAAGAGGCGAAGCAUCUGACGAAGAAGCACAAGUACCAACCCAUCUGCAUCCUAACCGCUUCAUCGCCGGUGUCCGUGUGACAGAGAGAGAUUAUGUUCACUAUUAAGGCGUUAGUGGCGGUCGUACUUUGUACGACAGCGACGUUAGCUGCCCCUCAAAGACCUAGCGGUGGUGCUGACAAAGAUGCGGUGAUCACAUCUCAGCAACUUGAAGUCAACUUUGACGGCAAUUACGUCAAUAACUUCGAGACGAGCAAUGGGAUCAGCCACCAAGAAUCAGGACAGCCUAAACAGGUAGACAACGAGACACCGGUGGUCUCGCAAGGCUCUGACUCUUACACAGCGCCUGAUGGCCAACAAGUUAGUAUCACGUACGUAGCCGACGAAAAUGGCUUCCAAGUGCAAGGUUCUCAUAUCCCCACGGCACCACCGAUACCUCCAGAGAUUCAAAGGGCGCUCGAGUGGAACGCGGCUCAUCCAGAAGAGGACGAUGGUGGCCAACAACGACCGCCUGGCCGAGGUUAAUCAGCCCAACCAAUACCUCAAACGUGACCUGAUUUCGAGCUAGCUUGCCAUGGACAGAACCGACCCUGAGCCUCCAAUGCGACCAUAAAAAUAAAUAUAGUGUGGUAUAUUAAUCUAGGAUUAUAUGUAACAGAAAAAAAAAAAUUAAGGCGAGAGCCAGCCGGUAUAUAAUAACUGUAUACUUCGAGAUUCUUUAUCUUACCUGUAUAGAUGAAAGUAAUGUGCACUGUUCAACAGUUUACGACAGGAUCGUGCCGAUGCGCGCACGCUGCUUUCACAAACGUAAAACGCGAAAAAAUGACGACGCCAUCGCAGCUGCGAAGACACGUAUCGAGCGUCGAUAGUAUAUAUUAUACGUAUACUUUUAACUUGUGAUUUUUGUAUAUAAAUAAAAAGCGUUUUGCCGAAAA